GCCUCGGAGCCCACUGGUCGUUAUGCCCUCUCACAAAACCCUCCAUUUUCUGUCUCUGGCGCUCCUCCUCUUCAAACCAAACCCUAACCCUAACCUUCGUGCUCUCUCUUUGCGAUUCUUCUCCGACCAGUCAUGGCUGUCCGUACGAGGCAACCCCAUCAUCAAGUGGCCCUCGCCGCCCGACGUACCCUGCUCUCUCCCGCACCCAAACCCCGCCCCAAACCCUAACCCUAAUAUCUCCGGCCCCAAUUUUUCACAAAAUGACUUCUUUACCAUUGCUAACCUGCUCGCCGACCCUAGCAUUUCCCCCGGUUCAUCGCUCCAGAGCGCAUUGGACCGGACCGGAAUCGAGCCGGGUCCGUGUCUGUUACAGGCUGUGUUCGACCACUUCGAUUCGUCUCCCAAAUUGCUUCACACGCUGUUUCUUUGGGCACAAAAGCGGCCGGGGUUUCGAUCCUCUGCGACUCUCUUCGGCUGCAUGAUCAAUGUGCUUGCUAAGUCGAGGGAGUUCGAGUCGGCGUGGUCUCUGAUUCUUAAUCGGAUCGGUGCAGAUGAGGAGCCUGGUUUGGUUUCUGUAGAUACGUUUGUGAUCAUGAUCAGACGGUAUUCCCGCGCAGGUAUGUCCCAAUCGGCAAUCCGGACUUUUGAAUUUGCAAGUAAUUUAGACUUAUUUCUUAAUUCAGAGUCAGAAAUGAGUUUGUUUGAAGUUUUGUUGGAUUCCUUUUGUAAGGAAGGCCUUGUUAGGGUGGCUUCAGAGUACUUUGAUAUGAAAAGAAAGUUGCAUCCAGAUUGGAUUCCAUCAGUUCGGGUUUAUAAUAUACUGUUGAAUGGAUGGUUUCGAUCAAGGAAGCUGAAAUGGGCAGAGCGGCUUUGGGUGGAGAUGAAGAGGGAUAAUGUGAAACCUAGUGUUGUAACAUAUGGUACACUGGUUGAAGGAUAUUGUCGGAUGCGUCGUGCUGAAACUGCAAUUGAAUUGGUGAGUGAGAUGAGGAGUGAAGGAAUUGAGCCCAAUGCAAUUGUGUAUAAUCCAAUAAUUGAUGCAUUGGGGGAAGCUGGGAAGUUCAAGGAGGCAUUGGGGAUGAUGGAGCACUUUUUGAUCCUCGAAUCAGGCCCUACUAUUUCAACAUACAAUUCACUGGUAAAGGGCUUUUGCAAGGCUGGAGAUCUUGUAGGGGCUAGUAAGAUCCUUAAGAUGAUGAUAAGUAGGGGUUGUGUCCCUACUCCAACAACCUAUAACUAUUUCUUUAGGUACUUUUCAAAGUUCGGGAAAAUUGAGGAGGGAAUGAACCUUUAUACCAAAAUGAUUGAAUCUGGGUAUACCCCGGAUCGGCUUACUUUCCAUCUUUUGUUGAAGAUGUUGUGUGACGAGGGGAGAUUGGAUUUGGCAGUUCAAGUAAGCAAGGAAAUGAGAUCUAGGGGAUUGGAUAUGGAUUUAGCUACAAGCACCAUGUUGAUUCAUUUGCUUUGCAAUAUGCAUAAAUUCAAAGAGGCUUUUGCAGAGUUUGAGGACAUGAUACGGAGGGGUUUAGUUCCUCAGUAUCUUACUUUUCAGAGAAUGAAUGACGAGUUAAGGAAACAAGGAAUGACUGAGAUGGCGCAUAAGCUGUGCAACAUGAUGUCUUCCGUUCCUCAUUCAACAAAUUUGCCAAACACAUAUGUCAGAGAAAGAGAUGCAUCUCAUGCAAGGAGAAAAUCUAUAAUCCUGAAGGCUGAAGCAAUGUCUGAUUUGUUGAAAACUUGUUCAGAUCCAAGAGAACUUGUCAAGUAUAGAAGUUCGCCUGAGAAUGUUGUAUCAAGAGCAAACCAGUUGGUAGAGGAUAUUAAGAGAAAAGCUAACAUCCAAUGAUAUAUAUUUUUGCUUUGCUUGGGUAACAGGCAUUAGUUUUGGAUUCAGUUGGCAUUCUCUGAAAGGUAGGUAAACAGGAGUUUACUGCAGGAUACAGACUGUGCAGCAUUCUGAAUCCUGAUGGACGUCUAUUAUGCAGUCAAGUGGUUUGGAUGCAGGUUCAUUGCACAUACAAACUGCAUUGUGGUGGUACAAGUAAAGAGAGACUAUGAAAGAGACUAUGAGACAUAACUGGAUGCGCGUCUGGACUUUGAAGUCUUUGGGGCCCUGAAGGAUGGUGAAGUCAGUGUCCUUUGUAAAUAGACGGCAGUGGACCAUUGAAACAGGAACGCAUGGCUCGCUGGAUGCCCUGUCUUUGCAUGUGGACUUGUGCAUUUGGAAUUUGUCGAAGGUCUGCAAAUACACACAUUAACAUAAUAACAUGGGUUGAAGAGAAGUCUUCGCAUAUUUUUUUGAUCGCAAGUGCAAAAGAUGCAAAAGAGAAAGAACCAUCAAAACGUAGCUACCAGCCGUUCUAUUUUUGUGUGGGAGUGUUGUAUUACUAGCAGCUUUUUUAUCAUAUAUUUUUACCCUUGGUCAAAGCUUUUUUUAGUAUUUAAGUUUUGGUCUUUAGAGGGAUGGAGGACAAUGGACAUGUUAGAGAUAUAGUCCAAUCCCCACGGAAGUUUCCGUCAAGUUGGAAUGAGCUUCACAGUAUUUUUGCACUUAUUUUCGAUUGUGCUAGUCAAUCACGCAUGAUGAGACUUGUAUGGACAACUGGAUAUAUGUGAUGCCAGAGGGCCAAUUGACAGACAAAAGCCUAAAAGAGAUUUCAUUUGGAU